AUGAAGCUUCUGGUCUCUGCUGAGGAGUCGGGUGCGCUUAAGGAGGUCAUCUGCGUCAAAGGAACAGACACUUCAAAACAACAAGCUCCCCAGCCGACGUCGAUAAAAACGUUUUGUCAGGAGACAAGGAACACCAGAAUCCAGCAUUUUAUUCUAUACAAGAAUUAUGUGGUAGCAGCUAGACAAGGGGGAAGCAUAUGUAUAUACAACUCUGAGGAUGAGUACGCAGAAGUGAAGAAAAUUGGCAGUCUUUCUGCCUCCGCAGAGGACGUUUUUGUGUCUCUAUUCGAACUUGGCGACAAAAUAUAUGCUUGUACGGAAGCUGGCAACCUGAGUAUAAUAGAGCCCGAAAAUUGGGUACACACAACCACCAAGCUCAAGGGGCCGCUUAGCAGUUUUUGCGGAGACGUCUCAAGACCAGGAAUUUUUGCAUAUGGUGGAAAGGAAACCGACCUCACUGUCAUCAAGCUGGAUACCAUGGAGGUUCUGUUUCGGGGCAAGAAUGUUCCAAAUAACAAACUGGACUUACGCGAGCCAAUUUGGAUAUCCAAAGUUGCGUUUGCUACGGACCCACAAGACGAGCCGGACGUCUACAAACUAAUUACCGUCACAAGGUACGGUCACGUGAGAUAUUAUGACUCGACCAAGGGACGCAGGCCUGUUCUCAAUUUCAAGCUUUCCGACAAACCGCUGAUCACCAUGGCUAAGCUCAACGACUGUGAGAUUGUUUGCUCCGACACCCACGUCACGACCGCAAAAUUUAAUUUCAAAAAUGGCAGCAUGCUCGGGAAGUUCCAGGGUGCUGUGGGAUCGAUCAAGGCGGUCCAUGUUCUGGAUAACGUUUUGGCAACUGGCGGCCUUGACAGGUAUGUUCGAUGCUUUGAUCUUGGAUCCAGAAACACCAUAGCCAAGGUGUAUAUGGGCACUCAAAUUAGCGAUGUCUGGUUGGUGGAAGCAAACGAGGAGCAGCCAGAAGAGAAGCCUCAGGAGGUGAAACCUAAGGCCAAAGAACACAAUCACUUGGAGGAAGAGGGCGAAGAUGACGAGUCGAGCGACGAAGAGGAAAUGUGGCAGAGGUUACAAAGCUCUUUAGCUGAGAAGAGAAAGAGACGGAAACUUAAAUAG